AUGUUUAUAAGAUAUGAUUUCAUUGUUGAUAUUGUUGAAGUUGAGUAUAUUACGCCAGGCACACCAUUGUUCUCGUCCUCGGUUGGAGAUGCUUCUGCCUCUUCUACUACUGCCGCUGAGGCCCAAACAGAAGAAGAGCCAACAGCAACAGCAGCAACAACGGAUUAUGUUGGCCGGAAGCGCGCUCGCCAGGCCGGAGUUCCGGGACAUACAGACGGCUCUAAUGACAAUGGCGCCAAUACGAACCAGUCAGAAUACCAAAGCACAGGCAAGUCAGGGCAUCGAUAUUAUGAAAUGUUUUCUGCAACUACGCAAGGGAAAAACCAACUAGCAGCUCAAGAGACAGCGUGUGCACCUGUGGUGAAAGAAGAACACAUUGAGAAUGUUUGUGAACGCCAAUCUUCCAUCGAGUCACCACGGGCGUCACAAGAAACACACCCUACUGCAAUCGAUACCUCAGGAACUCAACCAAGUGCGCAACGGGCACUAAACGAACAAUUAUCAACAUCAGCAUCGCUGCCACUAGUCAGAAAGCGUGCUCGAGAGAAUGACAGUGGCGUAACUGAACAGCCCAUCACAGAGUUGCCACCGGAGCAGUCAUCGCCAAAGCAUACAAAAACAAAUGAAGUUGUAGCAUCAUCUUUGAUGCACCAAGAACAACGGCAGCAGCAACAACAACCGCAAACAGCAGCGUCUUCCGCUUUGUCGUCAAGACACCAAGGAGGUCAGCAGCAACCACCACAGCAGCGUCGUCAGCUUUGUCAUCAAGACACCAAGGAGAACAGCAGCAACCACUACCACAACAGCAAAGAUCAUCAAGACAUCAAGAACAACAGCAGCGGCAAGAGCUACAAGCGCAAGCGCCGGUCCGGGUUCCCGAAGGAGUCGAAGGUGACCUGCUUUGCCCCUACAGAGGUUGCAAUAAAAGCUAUAGCAAUGCUCAGGAAAAAAGAUUCUUCAGCCACCUCAAGAAAAGACAUGAUGCCGUUAUUCGCGUAUUCACCACCGCAAUGA